AUGGAACUGAAAAAUCUGGAGUAUAGGCCAGCGAAAGUCAGGGGGUGCUUUGAUCUCUCCAAGGAGCUGUAUAUGAUGCCCCGGACUAUGGUGGACCCUGCCUGGGAGGCCGGCCGCAUCUCCUCAGCUGAGACUGGAACCUAUGUGGCCACUCCCUUCCAGUGCACCCACCUAGGAAACCCUCUCCACCUGGUAAAUAGAGGGUUGGUUCCCAGGAAGAAAGUGAAUCCUGAAACCUGGCAGAAAGGCCAGAUUGAGGGGGAAGUGGACCUCGUUGGAAUGGUGAGGCUGACGGAAACUGGAAAGUCUUUUGUCCCCGAGAACAAUCCAGAAAGGAACCACUGGCAUUACUGGGACCUGGAGGCUAUGGCCAGAAUCACAGGCGCAGAGCCCAUCUUCAUUGAUGUUGACUUCAAAAGCACAGUCCCUGGAGGACCCAUAGGAAGGCAAGCCAGAGUCACUCUGAGGAAGGAGCAUUUGCAGUACAUCAACCCGUUGAGUAUGGACUCUGCAGCUACAUCAUACCUGUGGUUUAAUAAAUUCAUAUGUGGAACACCUGGUGUGUGAGACCAGCUGCUAAAGCCCUAUCCCUGAAUAAUGACAUAUUUGAAAAGACUACCUUUAUGCUGGAUCAUGUACUAUUGGGAUAAAUAAAAGUUCUGGGCCUUCUACC